GCUCUCCAGUAGCUCAACUAGCGACGGUGUUCCGUUCAUGACGCGCCCAUGGGAGCACAAGUCUCGUACUUUCUAUCUCCUCACCUUCUUUGUUAUGACUGCAGUGCAUGUUGCAUUCACUAUUCACACCGGUAGUGUGCUGGAUAAAGCCUUGCCUACACCUCGCACGUACACAUGGAUCGACAACGAUUUCCCGGACCAACUUCCUAUCGACAUGCCUCCUGUGGCGCUCGAAAUGGUGGAUGGUGAAGACCACUUUGGUCUGUAUAAUGACGAGGAGUGGUCUACCCUGUUCCCCAAUGACGGGUUCCUGACCCUCGGUCCGCCGAACCGCAUUUUCAUGGUGUCCAUGAUCCAUCAGUUCCACUGCCUUGACAUUAUUCGCGUCGGAAUGGUAGCGAACAGAACUGGGUCGAUGCACCACGUUGAACAUUGUUUGCGAUACCUCAGGCAAACCAUCCUCUGCAACUCUGACGUGACUCUGGAAGUGGGGCGUCCGAGAUUCGCCGAUGGAACUUGGCGCCACACUACGGAUGGAGGGUCUGGAAUGGUGCAUCGGUGCAAAGACUGGAGGGCGGUCAGGGAUUUCUUAAUCGAUAACCCUCCUGUGGAAAUCGAACAGGUUUGGGGCUACGGAGGAGAAGCAAAGAAUGGAACGGAUAUGGGCUACUAUUAGUUCUUGACCGACUCACCCGUAGAAUAUCAAACGAGGAGAGCUUAUGCUGGUUCUUACAGUUACG